UCUAGUCCCGUCCCGUGGUGGGGAGAGCCGGUCUGUGCCGUGCUGUGUAGCCGUCCCGUAUCGUCACCCCUGCAUGGAGCCGCGGGAGUCCUGGGCGGCCUUGGCGGCUGGUGGAGUUGCUGGUGUCUGUGUUGACUUGAUCCUUUUUCCACUGGAUACUGUAAAAACAAGACUGCAGAGUCCUCAAGGAUUUAGGAAGGCUGGUGGUUUUCGUGGCAUCUAUGCCGGUGUUCCUUCUACUGCUGUAGGAUCCUUUCCAAAUGCUGCUGCAUUUUUUAUCACCUAUGAGAAUGUGAAAUCUGUGCUGCACCCUGGCUCUACAUCUUACUUGGCCCCAGCAACACACAUGGUGGCUGCCUCCCUUGGGGAAGUGGUUGCAUGCCUCAUACGGGUUCCAUCUGAGGUUGUCAAGCAAAGGGCCCAGGUUUCUCCUUCCUCAAGUACCCUCCGGAUUCUCUCCCACACCUUGUACCAGGAGGGUAUUCAAGGACUUUAUCGGGGUUAUAAAAGCACAGUAUUAAGAGAGAUUCCUUUCUCUCUGGUACAAUUUCCCCUCUGGGAGUCCUUAAAGGAUCUCUGGUCAUGGAAGCAGGGUCACGUGGUGGAUUCUUGGCAGUCAGCAGUCUGUGGAGCUUUUGCAGGUGGAUUUGCAGCUGCAGUCACCACACCUCUCGAUGUAGCGAAGACAAGAAUUAUGUUGGCAAAGGCUGGUUCCAGCAACGCUAGUGGGAAUGUUCUAGCCGCCCUUGGUGGCAUCUGGAGGACACAAGGCCUGUCGGGCUUGUUCGCAGGUGUUGUCCCACGGAUGGCAGCCAUCAGCCUGGGAGGCUUCAUCUUCCUGGGGACAUACGAGAAGACUCGCCAGCUGCUGCUGUGACCCAGCCUGGCCGGUCCUGCCGGUGGCUGCCGAGGAGCUGGAGAAGCCGCCGAGUUGGAGGAGGAGUCCGCCCGCGAGCGCAGCCUUCCUCCCGCCGCCCCGCAGCAGCUGUUCAGCAGGCUGAGAGCCGCUUUCACUGUUAAAGAAAAGUAAAUCCUCCAAUAAUCCAAUUUCCCAAACAUGAAAUUUUCCUGCAUGGAAAGUGAGGUCAUUGUGAGAGUCGUGCCAAAAAAGUAAUGUUUGGGGGGUAAACAGCUAAUUACGGUGGCUGAGAAAGGCGUUAUUAGAACUCCUGCAGGGGAAAUGGUUUGCAAACCUCUAGAUCGUGGGCUGAGCGGGGAGCCUGAAAUAAAGCGAGUUUUCAUAAUCCAGCGGCACCUGCCUCAUAACGUGGGGAGGGUUUUACUGGUUGGGGAAGGGGCUGAUAGAGUUACAGCCUGCUGCCCUCCAACACCACUGAAAGUAUUCCAGGUUGGGAGAGCUCUUUGUAAAAGACAAUAAUCCAUUUGUUUCUGAUUUGAGCUGUAUUUGUGGAAGUUUAUAUUCCUGUUUAUACCUACAGGUGCUCAGCAAGCAUUCCUGUGUGGUAGCCAGUGCAGCUUUAUUAAUUAGACUCACAUUUCUCCAGUAAAAGCAUGGGCUUGUAUUAUUUUACAGCUGUGAUUGAUUGUGCAAAGACAUGCACCUCUGCCUUCUUUUGGUCUUCCUCCCUCAGCAGCGGAAGGCGCAGGAGGUUGGAAAUGCUGAAGCCCAGGAGGGAGACCGGGAAGGCAAGGCAGGGAGAGCACGCAAGUUCUCCUGCCGAUGUACGGAUGGAUCCUCAGGGCUCCCGGGGGGCUGCUGGCAGGCAGAGCAAACCUCUGCUGUUGCUCUUGUGUUAGGGAACAGAAGCUGUAGCGGCCAAAAUGGUGCAGGGACGAGCUCGGUGAAAAGACCUUAUUGAAAUUACUCACAA